UAUCGUGUUGCAAUAUUCUGAUUGUCCCAAGCACAACAACCCUCCCGGCUCUCUCAUAUCCCCCAUCCGACUCGCCAUACAAGACGCAGUAUGAGUGCCAAGCAUCUCCCGGGCGAAGCUUCAGACGACAGCCUGAACGGCGAUCGCCCUCUUACCGUCGCUCAUCAACACACAACAAGCGUAAACAACCCCCAGCAACAAGAAUCGACCGACAUGGCCAACUUUUAUCUCUCCCCAGCCCCUGCAGAUCCGUAUGCCAACGCGAACCCAUGGCGCGAAUCCGUCCUCUCCACCCGCUCCCUCUCCUCCCUCACCGUCGACGCUCUCGGCUCGCCAGGUAUACCCACUCGUAGCCGAAGCGGGAGUCUGACCAAUAGCAAUUACUUCAACCACCCCAUGCGCACCAUCACCGACACGAACGAAGAAGAAGAAGAGGAAGAGGAGGAUGAGGAGGAUGAGGAAGGGGAAGAAGACCUCGAAAUGAGCGGAACGAGGCGGUCGAUGUACCGUCAACUAAGCGCCGUCCCUGAGCAGCAACUCCCCGACAGCGUAGCACAAUGCGGCUUAUUCAGAUUACCGCGAGAGCUGAGGGACAAAAUCUACGCCUACUGCCUCACCUCCCCCGCCGGGACAACAAUCGACUGGCUCCACAAACCCCCUCCCACCACCACCAACAACAAACUCCCAACCCUGCACCCCCAACUCCUGCGCACCUGCCACGUAAUCCACUCCGAAACCGCGCCCCUCCUCCACACCACUAACCCCCUCCUCUUCCACCACCCCUCCGACGCCAACAUGUUCGUCCGCGCCUUCGCCAACACCCCGCUCGCCCAAACCCACACCCACACCCUCCACCUCCACAUCCGCGCCAGCGACACCAGACUCUGGAUGCCGUACCUCACGAGUCGAGCGGACGGGUGUCGGGGUUUGCGGGCGGAUUUCCCGCGAUUGAGGGAGUUGAGCGUGCGCUUUCGGAGUAACCGGUGGGAUCACAGUUUGUCGCCUGAUCAGAAUUUGCGGAAUUGGUCGGAGGAUGGGAAACUGGAGGAGCUCGUGGGCGGGUUGAGGCAGGUGUUCUACCCCCCUCCGCCCCCGCCCGCGCGAUCGGUCAGUCGUGGCGAUGGGGAGGGCGAGACGAGUAAACCGCUUAAUGGAAUGGAUGAAGUGGAGUUCAUGCGGUUCGUUGAUGCCCGACGGCCGGGGGAGGAUAUGGCGUUUAAGCGGCAGUUGUUGGAGUUGCACAAGGCGAAUGCGCCUAUGGCUGUUGUUGGGAGGAGUCGGAGGGGUAGGGGAGGGUUGAAGGGGGCAUAUGGGGAGGAGGAUGAUGGGGUCCAGAAGCCGACGGUGGUCAGGGUGGUGUGUGCGUGUCGGGUGCAUGCGGCGCAUUUUGGGGUCGUGACUGCUGCCGCGACGGGGCGAGAUGGCGGCCAUGCUGCAAUGGCUAUAGCACCCGCGGUAAAUCCGGCGCAUAACCACGCGGGAGGACAAAACCUGCCCCCGCCACCACCACCACCUCCGCCGCACCAGCACCAGCAGCAUCACCAACAACCUCCGCCGCCGCCCGCACCGCCAAUAGAGCCAAGCUCGACACCAAUCCAACUUCAAAUCCAGAAAUUCAUGGAUCCAGACUUGGGCUCUGCACGGGUCGCGCGCACGCCGUUUGUGGACAAAGGUGGGGUGUUGGUGGCAUUGGAGAUUCAUUGUUUGGACUCGGGGAGAUAGGUAUGAUGCAGGGGGCGAGGGAGGGGGUGAGUCGUGGAAGGUCUGGGAGAGGGGUGUCUGGAAGUGAAAUGGGGUGGUGGAGAGUUUAGCGGGUGAUGGGGUGUGCGAGUAGGAAUGCAACUGGACGGUAUGCUCAUCUUGAUCUCCGUGGAGCGUGUUAUUGUAGAAGUAUUCGAUAUACCCCUGGAUGUAUGACUCGGCCGCUUGAAGAAGAUGAUUACGGACCGGA